GAACGGGGCGGGGGCGAGGGCGAGGGCGAGGGCGAGGUGAGGGAAGGGUAGAGUACUGCAUCCAGCCCCCGGAAUCUAACAUGGAUUGAUCCUCUUAAGAUUCCCCAGAUUUGGGAGGGUGAGGGGAAGAUGCACUGUGAGAAAAAUCUGCCUUUUACUAACUACCAGCUGGAUUCGAAUCCCAGGCUACAAAACCUGGGCUGUCUUCUUGGCAGGAGAUAGCUACGAUUCUCCACGAAUAAUCUCAGAAAGCAAAUAAUCUGCCCCAAGAAUGGUUGCCCUCCCGGAUCUCUCUCGCUCCCGAUGAUAGAUAAAUAGGGGUGAGCAUCGGGCUGGAGCAUCCCAAGCACGUGGGGGACGGACCCUUCCGAGGGCGGCGGACCGAGUGAAGCUGGAGCUCCAAGUCGAUCUGAGGAGCCUGCUCAACCACCCCUCCUUCACCUCCUUCAUACCAGCUGAGUUCAGCCAAGUGCCCCCAGUCCUUGCCAGCCUAGUUAUCUGUCACCCUCAGGCACCAUGGUUCAUUUCUUGUCGUCAGAUGUCCAGCAGUUGCUGCACAACAAGUUUGUGGUUGUCCUGGGAGACUCCAUCCAGAGGGCUGUGUACAAGGACCUGGUACUUCUGUUGCAGAAAGACUCCCUACUGACGGAAGCCCAGCUCAAAACCAAGGGGGAGCUGAGCUUUGAGCAGGACCGUCUGCUGGCAGGGGGACAGCUGGGUGAGCUACACAAUGGGACUCAUUAUCGCGAGGUCCGCCAGUUCCUGUCCAGUUCAGGCCACCACCUUCUACGAUUCUAUUUUCUCACCCGAGUCUAUUCAGCUUAUGUAGAGGAUAUCCUGACUGAGUUAGAGAAUGGACCACCUCCUGACCUGGUCAUUAUAAACUCCUGCCUCUGGGACCUCUCCAGGUAUGGUGGUGAUGCCAUUAGAAGUUACCAGGAAAACUUGGAAUGUUUAUUUGAAAGGAUGGAACAAGUGCUGCCCUCCUCCUGCCUUCUGGUGUGGACCCUGGCUAUGCCGCUGGGUGAGCGCAUUACAGGAGGCUUUCUGCCGCCUGAGCUUCAGCCAGGGAUGGGCUCUCUACGUACGGACGUGCUGGAAGCAAACUUCUACUGCUCAGUGCUGGCAGAUGAGCACCGCUUCGAUGUGCUCGACUUGCAUUUCCACUUUCGACACGCAGUUCAGCAUCGACGUUUGGAUGGCAUCCAUUGGGACCAACAUGCGCACCGCCACCUCUCACAGCUAUUACUGGCCCACGUGGCUGAAGCCUGGGGAGUGGAGGUUCCCCGACGGGGCCCCCCUUUUGGGGAGUGGAGUCAGGAGCAGUCAUCCCUAGAAUAUCGAGGCCAAAGGUCCAAGGGGGCUCCAUCCUGGAGGCAUCCAGCCCAGCCAUCUGAGGGGACUUUGGCACCCUGGAGACAUCUACCCCAGGGAGCAGAGGAACCUCAUUUUGGGAAUCGGUCAUCACUUGCAGCCCUGGAGUGGUCCCCCUGGGAGCAGCCAGUACAAGGGACCGAGGAGUCUGCAUCCUGGAGAUAUUCAUCUCAGAGGACUAAGAGGUCUCGUUCCUUCCAGCCAGUAGCCCAACAGACUGAUCGUCCUGUGACCUGGCCAGAUAGGCAGGUCCAGCCUCCGUUCCUGCCUCCAUCCCAAAUCCUGCCCUUGCCCCUACGCCCCCCCCUCCCUUCACCUCAAGUCCUGUCUCAAGACAGCUGCUUCUUCUCAGAUAAUCCUGUCCUGCCUGGUUAUUCCCCCCUCAACUAUACAGCCUUCGGUGAUCCCUUACCUCCUCCUACUGUGUUGGAUUCCACACCUGUUCCCCGGCCUUGCCCCGUCUCUUCCUCGCUAUGGACAGCACCACAAUCUGGUAAUGCGACAUGUCCAGCGCCAUGUGCCUCAUGGUCCCUAUAACCGAUCAAGGGAGAGAGGCUUCAGUAGACAGUGGUCCAGACCUGGCCAAAAACAAUGAACGACCUACUUCCUGACCAAGGACGUGGCUGGACAUACUGACUUCAUAGCCAUGGGCAGAUUGCCCUUCCUAUGGACGUAGCCAGAUGGUUUGAUUUUCAUGAGUCUAUCUCCUGUUUUUUACCAAUAAAGAUAUGCCCUCAUGCUGGGGCAAAAGAACCUA